AUGAAAACCAUUGCAUUCCUAUUGGUAGCAAUUUGCCUUGCAGCAACUGUUGCCUAUAGUCGGGCAUUGAGUCCUCCCUACCCAUAUUUCCACAAUAACUACUCGUAUAGACCAGGAUUUCCAGCUCACCAUCACCACCACCAUGGAGGACCAGUAUGUGGUGUCUUAAAUGGUUACUUUAGAACUUUUUCGAGUUUGCAAGAAUUCUUGGAUACCGUGAAAAAUGGUUAUGGUUAUAAAUUCCACUGCAAUGGACCGUGUCCAAGUGUUAAACCGGAAGGAGGAUGUCCACGCAUUUAUGAUCCUGUGUGUGCCACAAAUUUGCUGACAACAAAGACGUUUAGUAAUCCCUGUGUUUUGGCUCAGGAAUCUUCCUCGACGGGCAUAACUUGGAUACAAAUUGCCAAGGGACCUUGCCCAGUGGUGAGCCCUCCAACUGUGGGGCCACCAGUUACAGAACCACCAACACCAGCUGCUGAUACAUCCUCUCCACAACCAACUACAACUGAAGUUACAACCCCGGAACCAACUACAACUGAAGUUACGACCGAAGAACCAACCAGCACUGAACCUGCCACAACCCCAGAAACAACCGAGGCCACAACAGAUGACACUACCACCGAAGAAGCGACAACAACAACUGAGGCAGAAGCUACAACAACCGAAGAAGAGGAGGAAGAGGAUACUACAACCGAAGAAGCCACACAAGCUCCAGAUGAUUUGGAAAUUUCAACAACACCUGAAGUUUCCUGCAAACCAUCUACCCCAUCACCACUUUCACUAUUUGCCCAAUGGUUUGAUCUUGUCCAAUCUAGUCCUGUCAAUGGUGCUCCGACAAUCUCCUUCAGAAAUAAUGUUAACAACAAAUAUGGCAUCUAUGCUGAACGAAAUGUCUAUAAUAAUCCCUGUUAUCGCCGUGGCCAAUGUUAA